UCUUUGUGGGCAGGGAUCUCGUCUGUCGUUGUAUUGGACUCUCCCGAGCGCCCUGCACACAGCCGGCCGCGGUCGGCCCCGGGGAGGGGGUUCUGGGGAGAGGCUUGGGUCGUCCCGUCUCUCCGCCGCAGGCCAGACCGUCCGCGUGUCCGUCCAUCCGUCCGUCCGUCCCCGCCGCGGCCAUGACGCCGGCCCUGUUGGUGGCCGCCCUGGGCCUGGGCCUGGGCCUGGCGUUCGGAGCCCCGCACCCAGACCCGCGGCUCGACCCGCACUGGACCCUUUGGAAAUCCAGACACCACAAGAGCUACCACCAGAGGGAGGAGGGCUGGCGCCGGGCCGUGUGGGAGGAAAACCUGCGUAAGAUCGAGGUGCACAACCUGGAGCACAGCCUGGGGAGGACCACCUUCCGCCUCGCCAUCAACCAGUUCGGGGACAUGACCACGGAGGAGUUCGCCGCCACGAUGAACGGCUACAAGGCCGCACGUGGGGUCGGGGCCUCCGCCUUCCUCAAGCCCAACUCGGUGGAGCCGCCCCGGGCCGUGGACUGGCGCCACCACGGAUACGUCACCCCCGUCAAGGACCAGGGCUACUGCGGGUCGUGCUGGGCGUUCAGCGCCACGGGGGCCCUGGAGGGGCAGACCUUCCGCAAGACGGGCCGCCUGGUCUCCCUCAGCGAGCAGAACCUGGUGGACUGCAGCGGCCCUCAGGGGAACCACGGCUGCGACGGGGGGCUGCCGGACCUCGCCUUCCAGUACGUCCGCGACAACGGGGGCAUCGACUCCGAGGAGGCCUACCCCUACACCGCCGAGGACGGCUUAUGCCGGUAUAAGCCGGAGUCGGCGGCGGCCAACGACACGGGGCUGGUGGCCAUCCCGUCCGGCAGCGAGGAGGCCCUGAGGCAGGCCGUGGCCACCGUGGGGCCCGUCUCCGUGGCCAUCGACGCCUCCGUCGACUCCUUCCGCUUCUACGAGUCCGGAGUCUACUACGAGCCCGAAUGCAGUAACAGCGAGUCGGAGCUGGAUCACGCCGUCCUGGCCGUGGGCUACGGCCAAGACAAGGACGGGGACAAAUACUGGAUCGUCAAGAACAGCUGGGGCGAGACGUGGGGUGACCGGGGAUACAUCCUCAUGGCCCGAGACCGGGACAACAACUGUGGAAUCGCCACGGGUGCCAGCUUCCCGCUCGUGUGAA